AUCAUCCCCACUCUAAUAACACUUGGAUCCAAACUCAUGUAGUGAUGUGAUAAAAAAAUUCAUUUAACCAAUUCAAUGAACAAUCUUUUUUAUUUAACACUUUCUGAUAAUGAAAUUAUACUCAUUAAUUGCAAUCAUCAUCAACUGUAGAGGGUAGGGUAUAAAGCAAAGCAGUGAGAGAGUUUAGUGUAAGUCAGUCACAUUCCAAAUUGACAAAUUUCUCAACCCAAAUCCCUCAAUUCAUGCCAUCUUUCUGCAAUCUAAAUUCCACUACCCACCAUUGUAGUAUUUGUCUUUUCUUGGCCCCAAAACUCUAUAUUCAAAUUAUUGAGAGUUUACUGCAUCAUUAUCUGAAACCCUUUUUGCAAUUAACCUAAGAGCUCUUUGUCUCUGUUCAUUUCCCAACAGACACAGUCAAUCCCUUUUGUUUGGGGGGCCACUGAAUUCAAAUAUCCCAUAAUUCACAGCAUCAAAUCAUUCCCCCAUUAUUUAUUAUCCCAACCAAACACAAAAGUAAAAGUUGAAAAAGCAGAAGAACCAUAAAUCCAAGUGGAGAAAUUUAAGGAGUGUUUAUGAAUAUAGCUACUGACCUUGUGAGAAGUGCCACUGUUUGUGUGUGACUCAGAGAGAGCUCUAAUUGUUCCAUGUGAGAAUUGAGAGGUUGAAGAUCCUAAUCAUUUGCCCACUUUUCUUGCAGAUUUUCUGCUUCAGUUGUUUCGUCGAACACCUUGCCUGCAUAUGAAGACCACCGCCAGAUUUAUCGUCUUCCACCCGUCUGUUCACAAGUCCGGCGGCGGAGGUUUCCACCGUGCGUGGCUAGGGAUUUUUGUGCUCUUCUUUAUUUUCACUUUCGCUUUCACUCUGUUGAACACCAGAGACGCCACUGUUUCCGGUGAAAAAUCCGCGGCGGCGGCGAGGGUUAAAUCGACACCGAUUCCGGAUCCAGUGUUCGACGCGCUUCUUCACUACGCUUCAGAGAAUACAACGUCGUCGGGGAGGAUGUCGGCCGACGAGGUGAGGUAUAUCGCCGGCGUGGUGCGCCGCUGCGCGGCGCCGUGUAACCUCCUCGUUUUCGGACUGACGCGCGAGACGCUCCUCUGGAGGUCGCUGAACUACAACGGACGGACGGUGUUUGUUGACGAGAGCGCGUACCUGAUCUCGAAGCUCGAGGAGAAGCACCCUUCGAUUGAGGCGUACGACGUGCAAUUCACGACGAAGGUCAGCGAGCUGCGCGAUCUAAUCGAGUAUUACAAGGCGGAGGCGGCGGGCGAGUGCCGGCCGGUGCAGAACCUCCUCUUCUCCGACUGCAGAUUAGCCAUAAACGACCUGCCGAACCACAUAUACGACGUCGCUUGGGACAUAAUUCUAAUCGACGGUCCUCGGGGGUACUUUGCCGGAGCGCCGGGAAGAAUGGCACCGAUCUUCACCUCCGGCGUCCUAGCGCGGACCAAACGCGGCGGCGCGGCGGCGACGCACGUGCUCGUCCACGAAAUUGACCGCGAAUUGGAGAGGAUUUGCAGCGGCGAAUUCCUCUGCGGCGAAAACUUGGCGGAGACGAAAGGAUCUUUGGGGCAUUUUGUGAUUCCAAAAUCGGAGGCCAAAUUCAACAAUAGGUUUCAGUUUUGUUCUAAUUUUGGUUCCUCAAUUUCCCCUAAAUUAAUUUGAAGCUUUUUUUUUUUUUUUUUUUUUGAAUUUGUUUUGCAAAUUUCUAAUUAUCAGAAUUCCAAAUUAUACAAAAAUGUUAUGAGAAAUUAAUAUGUGACCAAAUUAUGUUAC